AUGGCGGUCAGGCACAGCGGGGCGGGGAAGACCGGUCGGCGCAGGCGAGUGCGGGCGGCGGAUGGGGCGCGGGCACGGAGGGCGAGAGGUGGGGCGCUACGUAAGCGCGGUAGCAGCGGACGGCGACGCGAGGAAUGCGGACGACCUUCAGAUGCCGAGCGCCCCUCCCCCUACGCCAGCCGCAUCUUGCGUCCUCGCAUACCUAAGGCCGUCGCUGCCUCCACUUUUCAACAUCUCGCGCCACCAAUUUUGACACUCACAAAUUUGUAA